GGAGCGGCCACCCCGGGCUCGGCUCCCCGCGCCCUCCCCGCGCCCGCAGCCCCGGCGAGCGGCUCGCCGGCCCGCCGGUGCGAUGCUGCUGCCGCUCGCCGUGCUGCCCUGCGCCUUCGUCCUGCUGCGAGCCGCAGCCUCUCUCCAAGUGGACAUCGUUCCAAGCCAGGGGGAGAUCAGCGUUGGAGAGUCCAAGUUCUUCCUAUGUCAAGUGGCCGGCGAGGCCAAGUUCAAGGACAUCUCGUGGUUCUCCCCGAACGGGGAGCGGCUGAGCCCGAACCAGCAGCGCAUCUCGGUGGUGCGCAACGAUGACUUCUCCUCCACCCUCACCAUCUACAACGCCAACAUCGACGACGCCGGCAUCUACAAGUGCGUGGUCAGCAGCCCCGAGGAGGGCGACUCGGAGGCCACCGUCAACGUCAAGAUCUUCCAAAAGCUGAUGUUCAAGAACGCUCCCACCCCUCAGGAAUUCAAGGAAGGAGAUGAUGCUGUGAUCGUGUGCGACGUGGUCAGCUCACUGCCCCCCACCAUCAUCUGGAAGCACAAAGGCAGGGAUGUCAUCCUAAAAAAGGAUGUGCGGUUCAUCGUCCUGUCCAACAACUACCUGCAGAUCCGGGGCAUCAAGAAGACAGAUGAGGGGACCUACAGGUGUGAGGGGAGGAUCCUGGCCCGUGGGGAGAUCAACUUCAAGGACAUCCAGGUCAUCGUGAACGUGCCUCCCUCGGUGCGUGCCAGGCAGAGCACCAUGAAUGCCACUGCCAACCUGAGCCAGUCUGUCACCCUGGCCUGUGAUGCCGACGGCUUUCCUGAGCCCACCGUCACCUGGACAAAGGAUGGAGAGCCCGUGGAGGAGGUGGAGGACGAGGACAAAUACAGCUUCAACUCGGAUGGCUCCGAGCUGGUCAUCCACAGGGUGGACAAGAGCGACGAGGCCGAGUACAUCUGCAUCGCUGAGAACAAGGCUGGCGAGGCCGACGCCACCAUCCACCUCAAAGUGUUUGCCAAACCCAAAAUCACCUACGUGGAGAACAAGACAGCCAUGGAGCUGGAGGAUCAGAUCACGCUGACCUGCGAGGCGUCGGGGGACCCCAUCCCCUCCAUCACCUGGAGAACCUCCACGAGGAACAUCAGCAACGAGGAGAAGGCUUCGUGGACCCGGCCCGAGAAACAAGAGACGCUGGACGGGCGGAUCGUGGUGCGCAGCCACGCGCGCGUCUCCUCGCUCACGCUCAAGGACAUCCAGUACACGGACGCGGGCGAGUACGUGUGCACGGCCAGCAACACCAUCGGCCAGGACUCGCAGGCCAUGUACCUGGAGGUGCACUAUGCCCCCAAGCUCCAGGGCCCUGUGGCCGUGUACACCUGGGAAGGAAACCAAGUGAACAUCACCUGUGAGGUGUUUGCCUACCCCAGUGCUGUCAUCUCCUGGUUCAGGGAUGGGCAGCUCCUCCCCAGCUCCAACUACAGCAACAUCAAGAUCUACAACACCCCCUCUGCAAGCUACCUGGAGGUGACCCCAGACUCAGAGAACGACUUUGGGAACUACAACUGCACGGCUGUGAACCGCAUCGGGCAGGAGUCCUCCGAGUUCAUCCUGGUGCAGGCAGACACGCCCUCCUCGCCCUCCAUCGGCAGGGUGGAGCCCUACUCCAGCAGUGCCCAGGUGGAGUUCGACGAGCCCGAGGCCACGGGCGGGGUGCCCAUCCUCAAGUACAAGGCGGAGUGGAGGGCCCUGGGCGAGGGGGACUGGCACUCCAGGCUCUACGAUGCCAAGGAAGCCAACGUGGAGGGGACAGUGACCAUCACGGGGCUGAAGCCUGAGACCACCUAUGCAGUGAGGCUGUCAGCAGUCAAUGGCAAGGGCGUGGGGGAGCUCAGCCUGCCCGCCGAGUUCAAGACACAGCCAGUCCGGGAACCCAGCGCCCCCAAGCUGGAAGGUCACAUAGGAGAAGAUGGCAACUCCAUCAAAGUGAACGUCAUCAAGCAGGACGACGGGGGCUCCCCGAUCAGGCACUACCUGAUCAAGUACAAAGCUAAGCACUCCUCGGAGUGGAAGCCCGAGAUCCGGCUGCCGUCGGGCAGUGACCACGUGAUGCUGAAGUCCCUGGACUGGAACGCCGACUACGAGGUGUACGUGGUGGCCGAGAACCAGCAGGGCAAGUCCAAGCCUGCCCACUACGCCUUCCGCACCUCAGCCCAGCCCACCGUCAUCCCAGCCAGCACUAGCCCUACCUCGGGCCUGGGCACUGCUGCCAUCAUUGGCAUCCUCGUGGUGGUCUUCGUGGCGCUGCUGGUGGCCGUGGAUGUCACCUGCUACUUCCUGAACAAGUGCGGGCUGCUCAUGUGCAUCGCCGUCAACCUGUGCGGCAAAUCCGGCCCGGGGGCCAAGGGCAAGGACAUGGAGGAGGGCAAGGCGGCCUUCUCGAAGGACGAGUCCAAGGAGCCCAUCGUGGAGGUGCGGACGGAGGAGGAGAGGACCCCCAACCACGAUGGGGGGAAGCACACGGAGCCCAACGAGACCACCCCGCUGACAGAGCCAGAGCACCCCGCCGACACCGCGGCCACCGUGGAGGACAUGCUGCCUUCUGUCACCACGGGCACCACUAACUCUGACACUAUCACUGAAACCUUUGCCACUGCCCAGAACAGCCCCACCAGCGAGACCACCACGCUGACCUCCAGCAUUGCCCCGCCGGCCGCGGCCGCUCCCGACGCCGCGGGCCCCGGCCAGGCCACCCCGGCCAAAGGCGCGGCCGCCGCCUCGGCGUCGUCGCCGCCGCCCUCCUCCACCCCCAAAGUGGCCCCUCUUGUUGAUCUCAGCGACACCCCCAGCUCUGCUCCGGCCACCAGUAAUUUAUCUUCAAGUGUCCUGCCGGGGCAGGCCGUGCUCAGCCCCAGCGCCGCCGCGGCCGACGCCGCCAAAGCCGGGAACAAGCCGGCCGCCCCCAGCCCUGCCAGCCUCACCAGCCCUGCAGCUCCCUCGGAGCCCAAGCAGGAGGUGGCCAAGAGCCCCGAGAAGGAGCCUGUGCAGCCCAGCACAGUGAAGAGCCCAGCAGAGACCCCCAAGAACCCGAGCAACGUGAAGAGCGAGGCUGCCUCGGGCAGCGCCGCCAACCCCUCGCAGAACGAGGACUUUAAAAUGGACGAAGGGACCUUCAAGCCACCAGACAUUGACCUUGCCAAGGAUGUUUUUGCAGCUCUUGGCACUGCUACUCCUCCUGCUGCCAGCGGGGCUGGUGGGCAAGCCCCCGAGCCUGCUGCUGCAGACAGCUCUGCCCCUGCAAAGACCGAGAAAAUGCCAGCAGAGGACAAAGGCGCCGUGCAGGACAGGAAGAGCCCCCCAGCAGAAGUGAAGACGGUGCCCAACGAAGCCACACAAACAAACGAGAACGAGAGCAAAGCAUGAUCAGCACCGGCAGAGGGGACGGCAGAAACCUUCACCCGAGCAUUGAAAUCACAACCCACACGCCCAUCUCAUUCCUCUAGUGUCUGUUGCCUUUUUUUAAAACGGAAAGACAAACAAACAAACCAGAAAAAAAUGCAUAAAUGGGGGGAGGGAGGGAAUGUCUCUUUUUUCCUUUUCUUUUUUUUUUUGUUUCCUUUUCCUCUUCUCUUUUUGGUUUUUGUUUUUUUUUUUUUCUCCUUUUUGUUUUGAUUUCUGUUUUUUUUUUUUGCUUUCUUUGAGAUUUCUAGAAAGGUUCUAUUCGUUGUGCACUUGCUUUUAAAAAGUAAAACAUGUUAAGAACAGGGUUAAACCCGUCACCAAAUCAGGGCUCAGCUGGCCCUGUGUAUAUUCAAACAGGCAAACAUUGCAAUGCUGGUUGCAGUGUGGUUGGGAAGCUCAAAAUCAAGUAGUCCUAGACACAAAAAAAACAACAAAAAAGACAAAAAAAAAAAAAGAAAAGAGACCCUGUUGUUUCCUUUGUUAGUAUAGCAGAGAUAACCACUGUGCUGCUGGGCACAGCUGGUGCUUAAAGAACAAAGUCCACAAUUUAUUUUUAUACUUUUCAGUCGAGUUUGAAAUAUGUAAAGCCUCAUAAAUAAGUUAUCAUUUCUGUUCACCUUGUAUCUGGUCAGUAUGCAAAGUGUCUCGAGCUCUUUGUGACUGAAUCCUGCUCGCCACGUUAGACCUUUAUUUGGGGUUUAUUAUUAUUAUUAUCUCUUUUUUUAGGAAGAAUGCCAAAAUUGCAGCUUUGGGGGAUGUAUUUCAAUUUGCAGUAUUCAGACUCUACAUUUCUUUUCCAAUUUUAUGUUCCAAAAAAAAUUUUUUUUUUUUUUUUUUUGUUUUGGCCAACUUUGGUUCUUUCCAGUGUUUACAAUUGACAGAUAUUUUUUUAACUUUUGUUGUGUUGAAAUGGAUGUGUAAAAUAGCUGCCUUUUUUUUCUUUUUUUUUUUAAUUUUUCUUUUGUUUUUUUUUGGUUUUUCAGUCAAUCCAGUCCUGUAGACACUAGGGUAGCAGCAUGCUUGCUUUGCAAAGGGAGACAUUUUCAACCAUGGAUGUUUACAGUAGUCGUUUCCCCUUUUCUCUUUUCUUAAUUAUUGUUAUUAUUAUUAUUAUUGUUAUUAUUAUUAUUAUUAUUCUUACUGGAGUAAGAAGAAAAGCUGGGGUUCGGUUUGGGGUUUUUUUUGGGGGGUGGGGGUGUUCAAACCACUUAUCACCAGUCAAGGGCUUUAUCCAGCAAUCCCCAAAUCUGCUUGGGGUGAGGGAGUUGCUGGAGGAAAUCCUUCUGUGCUUAAAUUUAGUUUGAAGUCCCUCGCUGGACCUGGGCCUGACUGCAUAAGAGAAAUAUCAUCUCUGCUUUUUUAGGACAUUCUCCCCUUUCCUUCACGGAACUCUCCCGGAGCUCUGAGGAGCACAAGGGAGGUUGGACAGUGUGGGCUGGUCUGGGCUCAGGUGUGUGACCAAAUCAAUCCCUCCUGAUCAUGGCAGAGAAUUCCAGUUGCAGAAAAUCCCAAUUUCAGUAAAUUCCAAUUUCAGCAAAUUCCAGUUUCGGAAAAUAUUGGUUUCAGUAAACACCAAUUUCUGUAAACAACAAUUUCAGAAAAUUCCAAUUCCAGUAAAUACCAGUUUCAGAAAAUAGCAAUUUCAGAAAAUUCCAAUUUCAGUAAACACCAGUUUCAGAAAAUCCCAAUUUCAGUAAACACCAGUUUCAGAAAAUCCCAAUUUCAGUAAAUACCAAUUUCAAUAAAUUCCACUUUCAGAAAAUCCCCAUUUCAGAAAAUCCCCAUUUCAGAAAACUCCAAUUUCAGUAAAACCCAACUUCAGUAAAUCCCAAUUUCAGUAAAUACCAUGUCCUCUGACCCUAAAACUAAAGCCCAAAAGCAAAGGUUUUUUCCCCCAGAGGUGCUGGGCAGGUUCCAGAGCCUUCCUGCAGGUCCAGCUCCAGCAGGAGCUCCCGGGGGUCCCUCCGUGGGACCCUCGUGGCCGUGCCCUGCCCUGGUGUGUGCCCUGCAGGACCAGCCCCGCUGGAAUUCCGUGCCAGGGGCACCCCGGGCAUCCUGCAGAGCUGGGCAAGGGCUGAGGCAGCGCCUGGCAAACUAAAUUAUGGAUCAAUGGGAUUUGUUAUCAGGAAUCGUGGAGCUACACUGAGAUUUGGGGGUGAAAAGGAGCUUUGAGCAGAAGGAAGGCAGUGGAGUGUAGGGAGAGACCAGCCCAUUGUAUAGAGAUGUUCCUCCUGUUGGGGUUUUGGGUAUUAUUUCCUUUUUUUUUUUUUUAAUUUUAAUUUUAUUUUAUUUUCCCUUUUCUUUUUCUUUUUUUUUUUUUUUUUUUUUUAAUUCUACUUUAGAUCUGCAAGCUUGUGCACUGUGGGUGCGUGACUAUUUUAGUGUGAACCGUGUUUUUUGUCAUAGUAUUGAAAUAAUAAAAGCUUCAACAUAGUUUGGAUGUGGAAGGUGUAGCGCUAGUUCAGAUUUGAGAAACAAAAACAAAAAUAAAUAUUCAGGAAUUAAAAUAAUUUAAACAAAAAAAAAAAAAAAAACAGAAAGAGAACAA